AUGCUGACCCUGGCAGCGCACCUAGUUACCGCCUUUGUUCUUGUUUUUGCAGUCCAAAUACUGUGGCUAGUGGCGGUGGCCGCCCUGUGGGGUUUCUCAGCUCCACUCCUGCGUAGAGGAGGCAAAGGCGUGGAGGAUAUCAAACGCGAUGGAGCACUGAGCCAGUGGCUCGCUGAAGUGAAGUUUCUCGCCACCAGGCCGCAGUACGUGAUGCCAUUCCAUAACCAGAGUGGGUCUGCAAUUUAUGCUCUGGCCCUUGGGUCUGCAGACUUGUCCUUGGCAGUGCCAUUAACCAAUUCUCUCAACUUCAUCUUCGUUACCUUGGCUGGGCGCAUUCUGGGUGAAACGACCACCAGCGCUCGCACGUACACUGGCAUGGCUUUUGUGACCACAGGAGUGACACUAUGCGUGGCUGACAAAGCCUGGAACCAGGGUUGACGUCCAACUUUUUUUUUUAUGCUAGAGCAUCGAGAGAGCAGUCACCGGUGAUACCAGCACGUGUCUAUCAUCCAUGUACACCUAGGAAAGUGAGAUUGUCGAGGAAUUUGUACAGAAAUCGUGACAUUCCAGGCUCAUAGUAGGUCACCUGCUGGUACACCUUGUAUUUAUUUAAGUGCCAAACAGAAGUAUUCAAGUGCUGUAAUAUUGCAUGUAACUUCAUCUUGCGUAGCUCGGGUCCUAAUGUAGUCAGCAAUACGGCGCUGUCUCGUCAACUUGCAGCUAUGUGCAAGCUACGCAGAUUCUAAUUUUCAUGCUGGCACACGUCAUUUGUUACACAUUGCAUAGAUUCUUCUACACUAGUUCUGGACAGUGCUGCAUGAGGUGUUGCAAGAGUCUGUGUUUGAGUGCAUUGAAGUGUCAACUUUCUUUCUUCACGCUGCACUGAAUUGGUAGUGCAGAAAA